ACAGCCACAGUUGAGUCUCCUGCUGACGGCAGGACAGCAACAGCACACGGUGUCGGCAUUAAGCGGUUGGUGCGCGAAGAUUUGGCGAACGGUGUUGCCAAGUCGCGUGUGUUUUCCCUAGACCUAGGUAUUUUACUACAACUAUCUUUUUGGUUGGAGCGUUUCAAGUUUGAUUAGCCGCUGAUCGCUAGUCGCCCGAUCCGGCAACACCGCUCGACUGGUUGUAGCCGUGGUUUGCGGCAUCGGCAGUCCGAAUUUCGCUCGGUUCAAAAUCCGAGCGACCCGGAGGCGGUUGCAACCAACCAACCUGGUGGAAAAUAUCGAUCUUCCAUUCGAUCCAAGAUUGGGCGUUCGAUGUUAUUAGGUCAAACUCAAUAGCAUUUAGAAACGCCCGCCAUCAUCCAAACACGCAACAAUUCGCAACGAGGCAGCGCCGCGAUUUCUUACCUAUUUUUUACGAAUAAUGGAAGUAGUGGCAGUACCCCCACCACCACCCAAGGGCUCGCCCUUUCGCGACCACGACGUGCGCGAAUGGUCCCGAAUCGACUCGAUCACCGGGGCUCUGGAACGAGCCAGAUUGGAGACUGACAGUUGGACGGCUAAUACGAACGACGCCUGUCACAAAUAUGGAAAGGUGGUGGAUUCUAGAGCAAGAACUGGUGCCGAUGGUUCGGUGCAACAGCAGGCCAGCAGACAGCUGGAGGUGUUUCAGAGUAGAGCGGCGGGGGCCCACUUGCAGGUGGUGAAGACGAAAACGGUGAGCAGCAGCCGAUGGUCGGGCAAAUUCGAUGCCUCUACUAAAAGUCUCACGGCAGGAUUCGAAGAUUUACAGCUACCACUAAAUCCACUGGACAUCUCUUCUCAGAAGUCAAAGGCCUCAGUGGGACGUAGCGUAAACAGACGACCCCCGUCCCGACAACCCCGCAGCUCAACCUCCUCAUUCCAGAAUGAUCUCAGUAACCCUUUAAGAAACGCUCAUUUAGCCGCAGCGGUUAACCUUCACCGAGUAUCCAGACUGUGUCACCAGAUUCACGAAUCCGCCGUGAGGAACGCUUUCGGCAGAAAAUCGCCGUCGAUAAGCCAGAGAGAAAGCGGUGACGGAAGCGUGAGUGGUGUAGAAAUAACUGAACUCGAAAGUAGCGUUACGUCUAACAGCAACGAAGUAACCUCACAGUCGGUCCUUAGCCGAACCAAAAGCACCAGCAGCGAGGAUAUCUACAAAACCCUCGAUAAGGACUCCAGCGUGAAAAGCAUCGAAGACUUGGAAGACCUGGAGCAACUCCAGAACUGGCGCAGAACUUCAAAAGUCCGACGUAGUUUACAGUACCCUAAAUGUAGCUCGCCUAGUGAAGCAACGAAGCCUUUAGACUUGCCAGAGGGUGGUGUGAGUGUGAAGAAAAUUCGAGAAGAGUUGGAAAAAGGGAGACGCCUGAACACAGCCUUAAGAAACAAUUCGGUUUCAACAAACUUUGAAGCGUUGGAUCAAAUAAUUCAAUCGAUAUCCAGUGCAAGCUCGAUAGAUCGAAGUUCAACGGAUGAGAAUUUGGACGAUAACGAGAACGAUCUUUUAAUAUCCAAGCCCAAGAAGAAAAGAGAAUCGUUUGUGACAGUGGAGUCGCUACAGGAAGUCAAAGGCCGGUUGAGGCACACUACCUCGCCAGGCAAUAAUGUUUACAGUAAUGGAAAGAAACGUAAAGACGAAGAAAUUGAUGAUGGAAUCGUAACAGAAGAAGAGAAAUCGAAUCAGAGCAGAGUAAAAUCGUACGUUUACGGAAUGGAAAACACCACACAAAAUAAAAAACCUGUUAUAAGCACGGGUAGUCUAGAAUCACGCUCUAAACUCGUGAACGGAACUAAUAACCAUAAAAAUGAAGAUUGGUACAACAGGAGGAAAUCGUACGGUUUCGAGCAAGUACACACCCAACAGGAUUCGAGCUCAAUCUCGCUCAAAAACAAGAAAAUGGUCGAAUCAAGCACGGACAGUGGCAUAUGCAGAUCUAACGACAUCCUCAUCGUACCGCCUUCGACCAAAAGCAGCGCGGCUAACAGCAGGUUCAAAAACUCGGACAGUGAAAGUGACACGGAAAACAAGUACAACGCGAUUAACAAAGGGCUUAACGGUAUCCAUUACGGGAACGUGAAAAAGAUGACGAGCAUAUUCGAUAAUCAAGAGGACAAAAACAGAGUGGCGGAAGAUGCGGGCACGGCCUGGGGCAAGCCGACAUUUAGAGAGCCCGAUUGGAAGAGAGGCGAAAUUAAAUCGACCACCAUCACAAUACCCAUCGUAAAGAACAACAACGUCAUCGACUUGCCUUGGAACGAUGAACCCGAGAAGGAGAUCAAGAGGCACUCGAUAGCGGUGGAUGAAGCUAAGUACGCUGCUGAUAGUAGAUACAGAAGAACCAGUCUAGUCGGAGAACAAUACUUAAAAAACGACGUUUUAGACGACGAUCCAUACGGAAACAACAGAAAAACUAAAAAAGUAGAGUUCUGUAAAACCGAAGUUCACUUUGCCGCAGAGUCUGGUAAAGUAAACAUCGUUGCAACCGAUGAGAAACCUCCUCCAACACACAAUUUCAGGCGGAGACGCAGAAAUUCGGGCCCUAUAACAAACUUUAACGAAGACCUCAAUAAAAACGGUCUUCCUAUGUUACAUUUCGGUGACACAUCGUACGAGAAAACCAUGUUCAACGUGACAAACGACGAAAACUCGGGUGAAAAUUCGGAAAAACUAUCCUCCUCCCUGGCUCCGGAUAUCUACGAGAACCUACCCAGCUACGAAUCGAGAGUUCCUUCAAAUUUCGGAGUGGUAACGGUUAACACUAACGCAUCUAAAACAAAGAACCACUUCGAGCAGAACGAAGACGACAGGAAGGAGAGUUUCGACGAGAACAUCAAAGGCAUUUUGAAAAACAAACCCGUUAAACCUAAACCGUACCAUUUAGGAGAGAGCGUACCUUUUUCGGAAUCGACGUCGGACGAGGAUUCUCGAAGAUGGGGAGUUAGAUUACGGCACGUGCCGAAAGAAGACCCGCCCAUCUGGAAAUCGACAGUGACAGUUCAUAAUUCGUUUGUGAACAAAGAUGAAGAAAGAAACAAUAAAAUCAACGCUUCCAGCGAUCCUCCGGAGUUCCAAAAACUUCUGAGAAACCUGCGGCCGAUUAAGAAGGCCGAUUACCUGUCGGACAACGAAAACCGUUAUUCGGAUAGUUUCGCUAACAUUCGGGUAGUUCCGGCGGCCAAGGACAGUCGAAGGUCGUCGUGGUCAGUGGCGGACAAGGUGGAGGAGAUUCCGGAAAAUAGGGGUUAUUCGACGAAAAUCAACUUUGGUGAUGGAGAGGCGAUUGUGGUGGAGAACGAUCAGUCUACGUGGCCGCGUAUGGAGAACCUAUCGAAGGACUCGAAACGUAUCCUUAACAAGGGACUGGUCGUCCGAAUAGGCCGGCAAGAUUCCGCCUCGAAACAUACCUUGCGCUCGAAAACGACCACCACCAGAGAGAAUAAUAAUACGACCACCACCACCAAGAUCACCAUCGAUCUGUCACCGUCACCGCCCACCAGCGACGGGAAGACAGGGGAAGCACAACCGCCGCCAGCUUUUGCUUACACGAAAUUCAAACGAUCGGAUCGCUUGCACAGUUUCAAAUCGACGCCCUUGGUUCUGAACACGAUCAAAGAUCAGAAAGAGGUCGGUGACAACAAGAUUCCGGAGCAGUUAGAGGCACUGAAAAAACUUUACGAAGACGUCCCUAGCGAUGCCGAUAGUGACGCCGACAAAGAAGUCCAACGACUGAUGAGCCGCAUCACUGAAGACGAGGUGAACAUGAUGGAGAGCGACACUAGCAGCGUCAUUUCGGGUAGUUGGAGUAAGAUGAAGGCGUUUAGGAACUUUAGCGAAACGGGCAGGAGUAGUUUUAAGGCUGUUAAAUCAAGAUUUGAUCUCAAAAAUGGUGAUAUUAAGGAGGAAAAAGAAAAUUCCGAUGGAGUGACAUCGUACGUCAAUUCCACCGAUUCCAGUCAAGUGAGCAGAUCGUACACAAAGUAUAGUGUACCUGCGACCAGAAGUAAAUUUUCUCCUGUAGUUUUAAGAAAAACUAUACCUGUCAAAACGACUGACUCUUCCACGACAGGCAACGUUUCUAGUCCUUCGUUAGUAGGAAAACAAGUAGAGAAUUUCGUAGAAACAAAACACGAAGACUAUUCUUCCGACAAAGAAUAUCGAAAUAUAACCGACAGUAAAUUAAAAUCGAAAUACAUCAACGAAAAUGUCGUUUUGAGGCAACCAAAAAAGUCAGAGAUGACAUAUUUUGGUGUAAACGCUUCAUCGAAAUCUUCACCGAAAAACACGAUUCAAACGGCUGUGAUUAAGGAUAACAAGAUAUCGGAUAAGCCUGAUCUUUUAAAUCAUUACAAACACACUUCCCCUACUAGACCUAGAAAACCUUCUCCGGACAGGCAACAAACGUCAUCACCCAUAUACGAAAACCUGAAACCUAUCAGGAAAUCCACUAAAUCAAAAUACACCAGCAAGAAAGAGUUUGAUUCUAGUAUAUUAGACGAAUUAACUAAGGCAGCGGAUCAAAUAUUACAAGCUGUAAACGGCUACACCGACGAAGACUGUAGAACCAGACUGACCUCAGAUGAAGAGGACCUUAGGCAACCUUUAGAUACAAUAUCAGAAACGAAAUCCUGGAAGAACACCGCUCAAGACCUUCAAGCGAAGAACCAAGCACGCAUGAGACCGACACUCGCCAGUGCGGCUAAAGUAAGAGUAAAGAGAACAUCGUCAACUUCAUCUGUUGAAAGUCUAUCAAAAGAUCGAAGAAAAACUACCUCCACUGAAAGGAAAAACCAGAACACUAUAGUUUCAAAACCUCAACAGGAGAAGCCAAAAAAGAAGGUUUCUAGCGACUCCAGUUCGACCAAGGCAUCUACUAAAGCCAGGAGGUUGCAAAGAGCUUCGAGUCGAGAAGCGUUGCUUCAAUCGCAUGGGAGUUCUUCGGAGGAUUUGCCCGCGACUGUUGAAGUGCCUCAUAGGAAGCCGAGGUUGAUCAAGAAGACUAAGGCGACGCAACUGACGAUAAAUAAUGGUUUGGAAUUGAAGAAGUCUGUUAGGAAGAGUAGGAGUGAGAAAGUGGAGAAUGCGAAAAACGAAGAAAGGAUUUUAGGAAGUUUGCCAGAAAUAAGACAUAAAACUGCCAUUUCGACGAUACGAAGUACAGCCGAUAAAUGUUCGAGAGACAGAUCGAAAACGAGAAACGAAGAAUCGAGAUCAAGAAGUCAAUCGAAAAGGGACAGUAGCAAUAAAGAGACCGUUAGCAGCUCAUCGACGCGACAUAACUCGAGUGCCGCCAGAAACCACCACCACCACUACGGCCAGCAGCAGUCGCAGCACCGAGCCACGCCGCAGGCGCAGAAAGAUUCCGGUGUGACGCAGCAUCGGAUCUCCACAGCGAAUAUCAAGAAAUGUCACAGAUCCGAGGGUACAAGACAUUAAGGACAAUCGACUUCCACUGAACAUUAGUUUUACUCA